AUGUCACAGCCUGGCGAGUCAUUCACAUUGCUGGAGAGCGGCACUUCGCGCCAACACUUCAAGCUCGCCAAAGCACUCGAAGAUGCGAGCACUCCAAGGCAAAGAGACAUCGUCAUAGUCGAGACCGUGGCUGAGCUCCGCAAGCAGCUUACUUCGCGAGCACUAUCGAGCGAUGUUUCAAAGCUCACCUCAGCACUUCUCACCUUGCUUCACUGUCUCCAGCACUACCCUGCUUCGGAUACCACGUUAACAGUAUCUCCUGCCACACUCGAUGUCAGCUUUGCGCUGAUACCAGCAUUGCAGCUUCUCGGACUUGCGACGGACUGGAAGCGCCUCCUCCUUGCACAUCAGCUUCUACCAUACCUUUUGCCUUUGCGGACACAUACAGAAACGGAUCGCAGGCUAGCGGUCAAUGACUUGCUUGAAUCCCAGGUCGAUGACCUGGAUAGCAAGAGUCAGACCUCAGCAUCCGCAUCCGCAUCGACAUCUUCACGCCCUCCGUCAUUCAUCGCUCGUAGCCCUCCGUCUCAUCGCUACUCAGAUCCAGCUUCGACUCGGGACAACAAGGACGCGCAAUCUUCGAUAUCGCAAGGAAGCGUGGAUGAUUCUUCUUCCCUCCUCCUUCUCAACACAUUCAGGGCCAAUCUGACAGCAGCUGUCGGGCAGGCUGAACAGGACAAUGAACGCUCAGAUCGUCAGCGCUCUGCCAGAUUAAGCUCGCGUUCCAGCUCUCCGACCUUAUCACGCUCUCCCUCACGCAUACGGCUCACCAAGAUUCCCAGUCACAAUGCAUCUUCUUUCAGAAUUCAGUUUCGUGCCUCAGCAUCUUUGCGGUCACUCGCGGCAGGGACGCCACAAGGACCAGCUGUGCUCCCAUCUCUGGCCUCCACGCUAGUCGCGCUGACUAAACACUCCGACUCUUCAAUACGGUCUCUGACGCUCAACGUCAUGCUUGCGUGCGCAUCCUUCUCGUCCUCCGAUGCCGCUGACAAAGAAGGCCAGCUCGAGGUGCUUGACGCAGCUCUGACGAUUGUCCGCCUUACUCUCGCCUCGACGUACGCCUUUUCACCUGGCUCAGGCCUAGACGAGCAGCAAGGUCUCAUUCUGUCAGAGAUGGAGCGUCGUGUCGACUCCAACCCUUCCGUGCUUCGCUCAUGUAUAAGAGUCAUCGAUCACGCUCGCGCUGUUGGCUUGAUAACGAACGCAGAAGCAGCGUGCCAUGCUGUCGAGGCGCUGCAAGCAAGCAGAUGGGCACCGAUGCAUCUCGACCUUCCGGAAUUUCAGCAGCAGCGGAUUGCUCCGUCUGUGGUGACCCGCACCGAAGGGAUCCGCGCCCGUAAGGCUGCCAAGCAAAAGCCAACAUUGCAGUCCGACCACGACUAUCACGGAACAUAUGCUCCAUGGCUCGUUGAAGCAUGCUUGUCUUCGUUGACCAAGUCUCUUCGAGAUUUGCUGCAGUCAUCCACCGCAGUCGACACAAGUACUAGCGUGGAGCUGACGAAGACCAUCCUGCGUUUGUACAAUGUGGCGUCUCAAGGCAAAGCAGCCGCAUUCGCACUUUGCGUUUCGGCUGCCAUGUGUAUCGGCGCUCUACACAGCAAGAGCAUAGAUUCAUCCAGCCCCUCUGAUGGAGAAACUACCGCCCUGUGGUCUUCAGCAUCGACGCAUAUCAUGUCUCAGCUGCAUAGCACCAAUCCGAACCGCAAGACCACGGCUCUCAUGUUGCUUGAAGCGCUGUUGCCGAUCGGAUGGGCUCAGGUUACAGAUUCAGAGGAACGAGAAGAUCAAACUUCGGUCCGGUCGCCAUUACAGGUUUCCGAAGAGGACAUGGGUCAGCUGAUGGCGUUUCUCGCGGAUCCAGACACGUCCAUACGUAAGAGAGCGUUGACGCUUCUUGACAGAGUCGAUCCAAGCAUCACACGGCUUCUGCGGGGUCAGCUCCAAUCAGCUGUUGAUGCGGCUUUGUCAAGCGGAGGUGGCCAUAGCAGUCUACCCGUAAACGAGUCUGUUGGCGAUCCUACCUUGGACUUGAUGCAACGACUGGUCGAGGUCGCAAUCUUCGCAGUGGCUUCGUCAGGCUUUGAUGGUUCAUCAGCACAGAGCUCAGAAGCUGCUGAUUCGAUGACUGCUCUCGAACAAGCAAUCACCAGCGUGACUACGUAUGGAAUCUUUGAAUUCUUCGAGCGCAAUUUUGCGUUGCAGGAGACAGCCUGGCUCGAACGUAUCCUCAUUAGCAUUAGAACGUUGCCACUCGAAGCGCGACUCGACCUGCUGCAACGUCUUACAAGAGGCAUCAGAAAGAUGGAGGAUGCGUCGCACGCUACAACGGGCCUGUACUUGGUCUGCCGUCUAAUCUGCAAUCUGGAUGCGCGCGACUUUCGCGGGGAAAAAGACACUGACUCGUUCAUCAGAUGGGUGUCAUCAGAGCUGCUAAGCUCCCACGGGCUUCCCGGCACGCUCGUUCGACUCUCGAUGGAUCGUUCUGAAGCGAUCGCUGCACGGGAAGCUGUGCUUGGUGUCCUUGCUCGCACCAUCUCCCUCGUCACACAGAUCGUUGGAUCUAGGAGGGCCGCUUCAGAUCUGGCCACUGGACUAGAGACGCUUCAAUCGACGCUGUCGAAAGUCGUCGAAGCUGCAUCGCCAGCCGCUCUUCGCACGGAAGCUGGCAACUUGCAGCUCAUCUGUCAAAACCACCUUUGUCUCGAUUCCGAUUUGGAUGGCGGGCUGGCGAGAAGGAUCUUCACACUUGCCAGCAAAAGUCAUACGAUCGAGGACGCCGUUCGGGUCUUGCUGGAGCUACAUCUCGAACCUCGUUCGCCAGAGAACAAGAGCGAAAGAGGAAACUUCGACUCUUCUCACAUCUCCACAGGUUCAUCUAUUCUAGCCACUGCAAGCCAGCUCUUUGCGCCCACAAUCGGAUCGGCAAAGCACCCAACUGACACCAAGCACACUUUUGCAGAUUUACGGUCUCAACAUCAAUUGCCGGACUCUGUCUUGCAAUCCUCGCGGCUGUUGUCACCCGACGAUAGCACUGCAACGCUGAGAUCCUCAAAGCACGAUUCGCGAUCUCCCACCGGCAAGCCUCGAGAGCGUCGCUCACGCCGUGAUAUCGACCACCAGCAAGCUUCUGCCAUCUCCUCAGAGUUGAAGCGCAUCCGCGACCGGAACAUUGCUGCAGCCAUGUCCGAUUCAAUAGCCAAUCUGGUACUGGGCUCUAACGCAAGGACGCAGUCCUCCGACAACGAAGUAAUCUUUUCGGCGACCUCCUCGGGGCUGCUGGAAAAUGAGGAAUUUGAGCUGGUCAAUGAAGUUGCGGACUCCGAACGUCGAUUAGAUGCGGCAGCCGAGACAGGACAGAAGCCCUCGCUGUUGGACCUUGUCCAUCAAUGUCACAAUCACGAGCCUUGGCUAGACAUGAGCUUGACGCCCUUCGUUCUUGACGGAGUCCAGAUCGGAUUUCUACCGCCUCAGGUGGUCAAGGCAUGCGUGGAAGAUUCGGAAAAGCAACGUCAGGCCGGGGCCCCUGCUGUGCUUCGCAAAGUGCACUUUGCCAUGCACCACCGAGAGAUCGUGCCACCAACAACCGCAACCCGGGUGUGCGAAGCCAUCACCUUUACACCUGAGUUCUCAAUCCCGGAAAGAAGGACAGCCGGUCUCAAUGCAGUAGCACAACGAUGGCGGGAGGCAAGCAUCUUCCCUGACCCACUCGACGGCUGGCGCAAUGAGCUUUACGCAAUCUACGGACUCAACCCACGACCAGGCUCUCGCAAUACAAUUGCCUUUAAGCUGGAGCGUUCAGCCUGCGCCCUUUUCGGAUUUGCAACCUUUGGUGUCCAUCUGACUGCGUACACGGUCUCACCAGGCACGGGCGAGCUCAAAGUGUGGGUGCCUCAGCGAAGCAGCACCAAGUCGACAUGGCCUGGGUACCUGGACAAUUCGGUUGCAGGCGGAAUCGUUGCUGGCGAUCUACCGAUGGAAAGCAUGGUGCGUGAAUGCGAGGAAGAGGCAAAUUUGGAGUCGACUCUUGUGGAGAAACACAUCAAGCAAACCGGCGUCUUGAGUUACUGCUACAAGACAGCCAAACAAGGCUGGAUGCAGCCUGAGGUGGAAUACGUCUACGACCUUCCCUUACCUUCAGACGUCACGCUUCAACCCAAGGACGGCGAGGUGGAUCACUUUGAACUGAUGACCCUCGACGAGAUCUACAACAAGAUGAGACAGGGCAAAUUCAAGGCCAAUUGCGUGUUGGUUUUGCUCGACUUUUUGAUCCGACAUGGACACAUUACUGCCGAGAACGAGCCGAGUUAUCGUCAAAUAGUAGCUCAAUUGCAUGUAGACUUACGACUGCCUGGUCCAUGA